AUGGUCGGAGUUAAGGGCAUCGUACAGCAUCUCAGCUCGCAACAGUUCAUCGUUCUGCGACGACAUGACGUCAACAGCAGCAACUACAGCGACUUCAACAACUACACAACCUAUUGUAACCAUUUUUACGAGGUCUUUGAUGGUUACAAUAAAACUCCCGCUUCACCUUUGUUUGAAAGUAUUGUCGGGAAUCAAGUCAUUAACACGGGCAGGGCCGCCGUUCAAUGUCAGCAAGUUUCAACAAAUUCACCAGUGCCAGUUCUAGAACUUUCCACCUUACCACCAGAUAUAGCAACAGCAGUCACCGCGUCAUAUUUCGCAAAGAUAUCUUUCUCAACGACCUGUGAAAAUAACUGCAAGCACACUAACCAGCACAACAACAACAUCAACAGCAGCAGCAACAACAACAACAAAAACAACCACGACGUUUUCAGCUGUCACGAAAAUGAUUCUGUCAGCGGUUGA